GAAAGGGAAGUGGAUGAAAGAGUUUCCGCAUCAACUUCUUCCAAACAGCGAAUCUGCAAUGGCAAUUAGCGCAGUUUGUGUCCUGUUUCUGGCCCUUUGUGCGACUUUAGCAGAAGAAGUGAAAUUAAAAUACAAACCUGCGACUAAACCUGUGAGGUUAUUUACCGAGGAGGAGCUGAAGAGAUACGACGGCAGUCAGGAGGACCAGCCUAUUUAUCUGGCAAUUAAAGGAGUUGUGUUUGAUGUCACCACAGGAAAAGAGUUUUAUGGUAAAGAUGCUCCGUAUAACGCUCUGGUGGGGAAGGACUCCACUCGAGCCGUGGCCAAGAUGUCCCUGGACCCUGCAGACCUAACGUCAGACACCUCGGGCCUCACUGAGGAGCAGCUGGAGUCUCUGGACAGCAUAUUUGAAGACACGUAUAAAACCAAGUAUCCCAUCGUUGGCUACACAGCAUCACGGAUCCUUAACGAGGACGGAAGUCCCAACGAGGACUUCAAACCAGAGGACCAGCCUUAUUUUCAGAUCAAAGAUGAGUUUUAAUCCCAGUUUACCCGCUGUUUUGUAAACUUAACUUUGAAAAUGAGUCUCGCUGUAGACGAGGCUCCUGUUGUUUUCUUAUUCCGUGAUCAGAAUCGUGAUCAAACCAUGUAAAGCACGAACAUAACUACAACAAAAUACUCGAUCCUUUGUACUUGAAGUGAAGGUUUACAUGGUUCUUUAUUAGCUGUGGGAGAUUUACUGUGCAGAGACGCUAGGAAACCAUUUAAAUACCUAAUGUAUCAGUAGUUUUUAAACAAAUAUCAGGGAAUUAAAUGUAAGGUGCCAGAUUUUUACACAUUUGAAGAAGCAGUAGACACAAAAUGCCUCAGUUUUCCGUUUGUGUGCUGCAGAUUUGAAGUUUCUCAUCUCGCUAAACAGAGAAACUUUAUCUAUAAACAGACUUCUAGUUUCAUCAGUGGUAGAUGAAGUAUUUAGAUCCUUUGGUUAAGUUAAAAUACCAUUACAGCAAAGUAAAAAUACUCCAUCCUGCAUGAAAAAUCCCACUGAAAUAAAAAUACAUAGCAGCAAAAUGUAGGGAAAGUAUUAAAGUAAGAGUCCUUGUUUGGUCUGUCUGACUGAUAUAUUACUAUAUAUGACAUUAUUAUCUUGGAAUUUUAGUCACUAAAUACAGUUUGAUGAAUCAUUUGUUCAAUAAAAUGUUAAAAAAAAAAAAAAAAUAGUGAGAAGCAUUAGUUUUACCCAAAAUAUUCCAUUUAUAGUGAGAAAGGACACAAAAAUACCUGUUCUUGUUGCUUUAUGAAUGAGAAAUAAGUUGCUGAUUAAUUUUCUGUUGAACUAAUCAACUUUAGUUUUUAAUCAAACACUAUUUAUGUAUCGGAAAACAAUAAAUCCACAGCUUUGUGGAUGUUGAUUUAUCAUUAACUUGAUUUUUAUGCUAUUUGAAAUUUUCAGUUCACAGUGGAAAAGCAAACAACAACAACUUGGACAAAUUAAUAAAUAAUUUGCCAUUUAAAAUGCUAGAAAAUAGUGAAAAAUGCUUGCUUUGCCUAAAAUAUUCCAUUUGUAGUGACAAAAAAAUACCUGUUCUUGUUGCUUUGUAAAGUGAAAGUAAGUUGCUGAUUGAUUUUCUGACGAUCAACUCGUGAACAGGUUUAGUUCUUAGUCUGAAAUGUUGUCACUAAAUGCAAUCAAACACAAUUUAAAUAUCAGAAAACAUUAAAUCUGCAGCUCUGUAGAUGUUGAUUUUUGCACAUUUACCAAUAAAACCUGUACAUUUGAAGCUC